AUGACUGACAUUCUCGGGUACGUGACCGAUGUCCUCCAAAACAUUUAUGAUGGAAAUUUGGAAUACUGCAAGGAACAAUUUUAUCAAGAGCAACAGAACGAAAAGAUAAAACAAUUCGAUGUGGUACUAAAGAAUCUCCUCGACAAACAAGUUUAUUUGGAGAAGGAAGUUGCUCGUUAUCGAUCCCUACUGAGCGAAAGCGACUCGGUGAUCAUAAUAAACGAUGAACAUUCUCUACCCAUUACCCCCGCAGAUGAAGGCGUCGUCGAGGUGACGCAGCAAAUGUUCGCAAAUGAGAAGUUUUGUGAAAAAGACAAGAUCGACCUAUGCAGUCAUAAAAUUGAUAUUCCCAUUUCAACUGUCGCCACUUUUCAUCCCAACGAUAAUUCUCCUCCUGAUACGCCACCUGCAUUAGAACAUGAAAGGAUUUGCCUCGAAUGUUUAAACCAAUGUGCGACCGUUGCUAUGGCCGUGACUACCGGCGAUUUCAAGAAGAGAAUCACAUGUCCUUAUGCAUCAGGCCCAAUGCUAACGUUGAGAAACGCGAUAAAUACUAUGGUCGACAAAAUCGAUCAGGUGUCGGUCGAAUUAAUUCAAGUUGCUCGUGAGGUCGGUGAAGAGGGUAAGUUAGGUGUCCAGGCAAAAACACAAAAAUUGGAAGGUGCUUGGAGAGAAAUGAUGGUACAUUUAAAUAUGAUGUCCAGCAACCAUUCUGAACAAGUGAGAGAUAUCGCUGAAGUUUGUACGGCCGUUGCUCAUGGUGAUCUAAGCAAAAAGAUCACCGUUGAGGUCAAAGGAGAAACACUAGUGCUGAAAAAUACCAUCAACACUAUGGUUGACCAACUUAAUUCCUUUGCCUCAGAGGUUACACGUGUUGCUCACGAAGUGGGCACCGAAGGUAAAUUAGGCGUUCAAGCACAGGUUCAGGGAGUCGGUGGCACAUGGAAAUUACUCACAGAUAAUGUUAAUACCAUGGCGGCCAAUCUCACUUCGCAGGUGCGUGACAUAGCCGAUGUAUCCAAAGCUGUUGCCAGAGGUGAUCUUAGCAAAAAAAUCACCGUCGACGUCAAGGGUGAAAUCCUGGAUCUUAAAAAUACGAUAAAUACUAUGGUGGACCAGCUUCAAACCUUUGCAACCGAGGUUACCCGCGUCUCUCUCGAAGUGGGCACCGAAGGAAAACUAGGCGGGCAGGCCAAUAUUAAAGACGUUGGCGGAAUAUGGAAAGAGUUAACAGAUAACGUGAACAUCAUGGCAGCAAACUUGACAAGUCAGGUACGAGACAUAGCCAAUGUAUCAAAGGCUGUCGCUCGUGGCGAUUUGUCUAGAAAAGUGACAGUUUCCGUUCGAGGAGAGAUCCUGGAACUAAAAGUUACUAUCAAUACUAUGGUUGAACAACUUCGAAUGUUUGCGGCAGAAGUGACACGCGUGGCACGAGAGGUGGGAACCGAAGGAAUUCUCGGAGGCCAGGCUGAAGUCCAGGGUGUGGACGGCAUUUGGAAGAGCUUGAUGGACAACGUGAACACUAUGGCGAACAAUCUUACAAAUCAUGUGCGAGACAUUGCGAAUGUAUCUAAGGCGGUUGCGCGUGGUGACCUAAGCAAAAAAAUCACCGUAGAUGUGAAGGGAGAAAUACUUGACCUAAAGAAUACCAUUAAUACCAUGGUGGAUCAAUUACAAACAUUUGCCGUGGAGGUCACACGUGUUUCCUUAGAAGUGGGAACGGAAGGAAAACUAGGCGGCCAAGCUGUUGUCAAAGAUGUUGGUGGAACUUGGAAAGAAUUGACAGAUAACGUUAACAUAAUGGCCGCCAAUCUCACCUCUCAGGUUCGUGACAUUGCAAAUGUAUCUAAGGCUGUCGCUCGUGGAGAUCUUAGCAAGAAAAUUACGGUUGACGUGAAAGGGGAAAUCUGGGAUCUCAAAAAUACCAUUAACACCAUGGUGGAUCAAUUACAAACUUUUGCUACAGAGGUGACCCGCGUUUCGCUAGAAGUCGGAACCGAAGGAAAAUUAGGAGGGCAGGCUGUAGUGAGAGAUGUUGAAGGAACUUGGAAGGUUUUAACAGAUAAUGUCAAUAUCAUGGCACUGAAUUUGACAACUCAAGUCCGUUCCAUAGCUGCGGUCACUACGGCUGUCGCAUGUGGCGACUUGAGUAAGAAGAUUACCGUCGAUGUCAAAGGGGAAAUUUUAGACUUGAAGAAUACUGUUAACACUAUGGUGGAUCAGUUGUCCACAUUCGCUGCCGAAGUGACACGUGUGGCUCGUGAAGUGGGCACGGAAGGAAAACUUGGAGUCCAAGCGCAGGUGAAAGACGUAAGGGGAACUUGGAAAGAGAUCACUUCAAACGUGAACACCAUGGCUGCCAAUCUUACAAUCCGCGCAUUUGCCCAAAUUUCGGCCGCAGCCACAGAUGGUGACUUCACGCAAUUCAUAACGGUUGACGCUUCCGGAGAAAUGGAUUCGCUUAAGACUAAGAUUAACCAAAUGGUAUAUAAUCUCAGAGAGAGUAUACAGAAGAAUACUGCGGCGAGGGAAGCUGCGGAAUUAGCAAAUAGGAGUAAGAGCGAAUUUUUGGCCAAUAUGUCACAUGAAAUUCGUACGCCGAUGAAUGGUAUUAUUGGAAUGACCACCUUGACUCUUGAGACCGAAUUAACGCGACAGCAACGAGAAAAUUUGAUGAUAGUCAGUUCUUUAGCCAAUUCUCUUCUGACAAUUAUUGAUGACAUAUUGGAUAUUUCAAAAAUUGAAGCCGGCCGGAUGACCAUAGAACAAAUUUCAUUCUCUCUGCGAUCUGCAGUGUUUAGCGUUCUCAAGACUCUUGCGGUUAAGGCUAAUCAAAAAAAAUUGGACCUUAUAUAUGAUGUAGACAAUGGAAUUCCAGAUCAAUUGGUUGGCGAUCCACUCCGUUUGAGACAAAUCAUUACGAAUCUAAUUGGUAAUGCCAUCAAAUUCACCAACGAAGGAGAAGUAGUUCUCUCCGUGCAUAUCAAAUCGAUUGUGGAAGAUCAAGUGAUAUUAGAGUUUUGCGUGAGCGAUACUGGCAUAGGAAUUCAAGAAGAUAAGAUUGAUAUGAUCUUCGAUACUUUUUGUCAAGCUGACGGAUCGACGACCAGAAAAUUCGGGGGAACCGGGUUAGGUUUAUCAAUAUCCAAACGUCUUGUCAACUUGUUGGGUGGAGAUCUAUGGGUGGAGAGUGAGUACGGUAAUGGUUCUGAUUUCUACUUCACAGUGAGUGUAACUCUUGGCUCAACGAGUCGAGAGCACGUUCAGCUAAAAAUGGCCCCUUGGCACGGUCGACACAUAUUAUUUAUUGAUACACUGCAUGACACCACCGGGGUCGCUGAUAUCAUUGAAGAGCUAGGACUUCGAAUAAAAAUUACAAAAUCUGUGGAGGAAACAGCUAUACUGACGGCGUCGCGGAAAUCGGAUACUCCUUUGUUCGAUACAGUAAUCGUUGAUGACCUGAGCAUCGUUGAACGAUUGCGAGAGAUUGCUCAUCUACGAUACAUCCCUAUCGUUUUGCUGGCACCCAUGAUUCCAAACCUAAACAUGAAGAACUGCAUAGAUCUUGGAAUUACAUCAUACAGUAGUAUACCGACUAAUCUACCUGAUUUGAUGAAUGCAUUGUUGCCAGCCCUCGAAUCUCAUGCGACGGUUCCAAAUGAUUUUACGAGACAGCAACCUCUGGAAAUUUUAAUGGCCGAGGACAAUAUUGUAAAUCAGAAAUUGGCUGUUAAGAUAUUAGAGAAGUUUGGUCAUAAGGUUGAGAUAGUGUCUAAUGGAAAGAUGGCAUUGGAGCAUUUUAUGUCGAAGAGAUAUGAUCUAAUUCUAAUGGAUGUGCAAAUGCCCAUAAUGGGCGGCUUCGAGGCAACUCAGAGGAUACGCGAAUAUGAGAGAGAACAUGGUGGUCACGUGCCAAUAAUAGCCCUGACGGCACACGCAAUGAUAGGAGACCGAGAGAAAUGCAUAUUAUCCGGAAUGGAUGAAUAUGUCACGAAGCCACUAAGAAUGAACGAUCUUAUCGCUACAAUAAACAAAUUCCCGAUGAAAAAUUCAAUCGAAGAAGCACACAUAUCAGACGGUCGCAGCAAUAAUCAGCAGGAAGGAAACAAAUAA